CAGAAACGCAGCUAGAAUGAGCUAAGACGACCUCGGACCCAUGGCGUCCGGCACGGAGACGUACUAUGCCGAAGCAUACGAGGACUUCCGAUCCAUGGGCCUGCAGGGCGCGGCCUCUCAGGUGCUGCUGGAGGGUUUGGCGGCCCACGCGGACUCCGCGCCUUUGUUGGAGCUGGCCCGGCGGGAUGCCAUUGAGGUGCCCAUGGGCGUGCGGGUGAGGUUCUGGGAGUCGCAAUCCUCAAGUCAGGACGGCUACGGCGCCAAAGCACCGGCAAAAGGCCCAGCAGUGCAGGACCUUGAGAAGGCGCUACAAGAGUUCCAAUCGGCGCAGGAGGCCCACCAGAAAUUUCUGGAGGCGGAGGCCUCCGCGCACAGCUGGCCGGAGCUGCGGCAGCGGGAGCUGGAGCUCCGGAAGAGGGCCGUGGAGGCCUUCGGGCGCUGCAAGCCGCUGAUCUUAGAGCGCCGCCUGGAGAUCCGCCCGGAGCUGCUGCGGGCGCCCUUGACGCCCGACACCUGGCCGGAGACGGCGGCCGUGUUGCACCUCGGCGACGAGGCCUUGAGAAAGCUGCUGCCGCCAGGCGCCUUCGACCCCUUGCUGUGGGCCAAGGAAGGCCCUGGAAGGCUGCUGGACCAAGCGCGGGCCAUGUCUGAGCUGGACGCCCUGCCCGCGAGGGCGCAGCAGCUGGCCCAGAGAGGCCCCGGCACUUUGUCGGAGCUUUUGGCGCUGGUAGCGCACGAGACGGCUGCGCUGGUGUCAAUGUCGGACGGAGCCAAAAGGGUCCUGGUGCUGGGUGGCCACGGCGUCUCCGGGGUCUUCGCCGCCCGCGCGGGAGCCGAGACCAGUGUCUGGGAGCCCGCCGCCGACGUGGCCGCGGCCGCGCGGGAGGUGCUUCGGCGAAACCUCAGGCCGGAGGAGUUUGAACGCUGCUCCGUGGUUGGCGAGCUGCCGACGGGCCCCUGGUCCGUGGUGGCAGUGGACCGCUGGCACGGUCUGGGCGUGCUAGGCUGGUCUCCCCUGGCGGCUUUGCGGCGAGCGCUCGCUGCAUCGCCAGAGACCAGCGUGGUUCCCUCGCGGCUUCGGGUGCACGUGGCCCUGGCAGACGCCUCCCUGGCGGCAGAGGGCUUCGACCUGUCCGCCAUGGACCGGAACUUCCGCUUGGCACAGCCGCUGAAGGUGGCCGGGCCUGCGUCCCACGCCACCGCGCUGCAGCCGAAGCUGCUAACGGAGCUCUUGCCGGCCUUCGACGUCGACCUCUCCCAACUCCCAGAGCUGGACACCGGAAGUCUCAGCUUCCAACUGGGCGGCGGCAGCGCCAGCUGCGCGGUGCUGGAGUGCUCUUUGGAGAUGCCGUCCGGAGCCAGCAGCAGCCUGCGCUUCGCCCAGUGGCUGCCCGGAGGUGUCCUGGGGCCCACGGCGGCUGUCCAGGUGAGACGGAACGACUGCCGCAUCUGGGUGGAGUGCGACUCCACGGUUCGUUAUCGGCAUCCGCCCUUCGCCUUCAUGUCACUGUCUGACUGGUAUUUCGAGAUGCUCCGGGACGGCGCCAGGCAUCAGCUUUACGAGCGCGCGCUGCAAGUAGAGAUCGCCAAAGUCAAGGAAACCUCCGAGCAGUGCGCGGUGCUGGAUGUGGGUAGCGGAGAUGGCAUCCUCUCGUUGAUGGCUUUGCGGGCGGGGGCCACCAAGGGGCUGGGCGUGGAGUACGUGUCACAGAUCGCCCGCGCUUCUCAGCAGGUCAUUGCGGCGAACCGGGUGAAGAACGCCGUGCCAAAGGAUGUGCCGCUGGAGAUUUGGUGCACAGAUGUAAGGGGCGUCAAAGAGAUGGCCCUUGCGGAGCGCUUCGAUCUGCUGGUCACCGAGUUGAUGGAUGCCUCUGGGCUCGGGGAGAACCUCAUCCUGCUCACGGAGAGCUCAAAGCGUCGGCUCUGCAAAGCAGAUGCCAAGGUGAUCCCUGCAGUGCUGCGCCUAAAGGCGGUGCUUUGCGAGGUCCGCCUUCCAGACAUCGGUGGUGUCAACAUGGACGCGUUUUGGCCCUUCUGGCCUGUGGAUCGCACCAGCGACGCGCUCUGGCUGGGUGUGGAUUUGGACAAAGGGGAAGGAGACUUCCAGAUCCUCACCGAGCCCAUUGAGCUCUUCAGCCUGGAGCUGGGGAAGGCGGACGUGGAUGCCAUCCCCACCAAAGCCAGCUACACUUUCCCCGGCAAAGCGGAGGGCAUGGCCAAUAUGGUGGUUUGGUGGUUUGAAGCUCAGCUCAGCGAGACCGACCCGUCCGUGGUCUUGACCAAUGCGCCCACGGCGUUGGACGGCCGCCACAGCGCCACCUGCUGGGGCCAAGCGGCCGCAGAGCUGCCGACGCACGCGGAGGUGUCGGUUGGGCAGGGCACCGAGAUAGUCAUGGAGCUCGCCUUUGGAGACCACCAGCUCAAGUUCCGGACGCCGUCUGGCGCAGGCGUGCAGGACCGCUGGGCGCCGCCGCCGCAAGCUGCCGGCUUCUCUGAGGAGUACAAGAAAGUUCUGGAGGGCUUCCCCGCGCGGCAGCGCCGCUUCGCCGAGGAGGCGAAGCGCAGCCCGCCGGGGCUCACGGCCCUCCGCGCCGCCGAGCCGGAGCCGGUGGCGGCGCUGCAGCGCUGCUCCCUGGCGCUGGCGCUCUUCCCCGGGAGCUUCGGCCUGGAGCCCAACGCCGCGCAGCGCCAACUCGCCGGGUGGUAUGCCGUGGGCGGCGAAGGGCGUAGCUGACUUGGUGAGCUUUCAUGGCAACGCGAUCGAUUUUUCUCGCAGGCGCAGCGUGCCAAGCGUGCGGAG